CCCUUUAUUACUAGCCGAGCCUUGUACCGCUCGAUGGAGCCGUCUCCUCGAUACUUCACUCUCAGCACCCACACCUUCAUGCCUGGAGUACGUGGGACUAACUCCCAAGUCUGGUUCUCCAGCAGUGAAUUGUACUCUGUACCUGCUGCCUUCUUCCACUGCAUGAACUCUUCAGUCUCCAUGGCAUCUGCCAAUGUAGCAGGCUCUUCAACCACUUUUGCGGACAUCACGAUGGCUUCUGAGUGCCACUUCUGCAUAACACUCUUCACAAAGUCUUUCCGUGCUUCCUCUUCGCACGACUCAAUCUCUUUAGCCAUCAGGACGAAGUCGCUCAUCCACUUCGGAGGCUUGCUUCGACGUCCGCUUCUGGUGGUUGUCGAACGCGGCUCAAUUCGAGUCAUAAUGCAGUCACUUGAACUCUCAUUGCCACUGUUCUUCACUUCCACUAAUCCUCGCUUUCGACUGUUGACCGUGCCUUCAAUACUACUCGCCUCUGGACGAGCCGCUGCCUUUUCGUUUUCCUCCAGGUUACUUUGGCCAGUUGCCCGCUCUUCAUGCACUUUGUGCUGUACUGCACGAUCCACUUGGUGUACUGCAUGA